CCUCGGCGGACCGCCAAGGGGGCGCUCGCCAGCUCGCGGCCAAAGCCAACCUCCCGGGCCGCGCCCGAGAAGUCUUGGGGCCCGGGGCGGGGCCACCUGGCUCCUCCUCGCGGGCGGAGGAGGCGAGAGGUGCCGCGGGCUCCGGCGGCCACUGGUAACGAACUCGCGUGCGGUCGCGCGGCCGCGAAGGAUGACGAAGAGCGGCCGCCAAUCGGGGCCUCCGCCGCCGCUGCUGCUGCCUCUCCUGCCUCUGCUGCUCGCGGUGCCCGCCGCCGGCGCGGCCCGGCUCGGGGCGCUGUACUUGUCCUCCGACCCCGUGACGCUGCUGCAGGCGGACACGGUACGCGGAGCCGUGCUCAACUCCCGCAGCGCCUGGGCCGUGGAGUUCUUCGCCUCCUGGUGCGGCCACUGCAUCGCUUUCGCGCCGACAUGGAAGGCGCUCGCCGAGGACGUCAAGGGCUGGAGUCCGGUGCUGAAGCUUGCCGUCCUGGAUUGUGCUGAUGAAACCAACAACGCAGUCUGCAGGGACUUCAACAUCCUUGGCUUCCCAAGCGUGAGGUUCUUUAAGGCCUUUACCAAGAAUGGCUCAGGAACAACACUUCCAGUGGCUGGUGCUAAUGUGCAGACGCUGCGGGAGAAACUCAUUGAUGCCCUGGAGUCCCACCGUGACACAUGGCCCCCAGCCUGUCCACCACUGGAACCUGCCAAGCUGGAGGAGAUUGAUGGAUUUUUUGCAAGAAACGAUGAAGAGUACCUGGCCCUGAUCUUUGAGCAGGAAGGCUCCUACCUGGGUAGAGAGGUGGCUCUGGACUUGUCCCAGCACCAAGGCAUGGCUGUGCGCAGGGUCUUGAACACAGAGGGCCCUGUGGUGAGCAAGUUUGGUGUCACAGACUUCCCAUCCUGCUACCUGCUGUUUCGGAAUGGCUCUGUCUCCCGAGUCCCUGCGCUGAUGGAGUCCAGAUCCUUCUACACUGCCUACCUGCAGAGGCUCUCUGGGCUUACCAGGGAGGCUACCCCAACCACAGCUGUACCAACCACUCCUGACAAGAUAGCGCCUACUGUGUGGAAAUUUGCUGAUCGCUCCAAGAUCUACAUGGCUGACCUGGAAUCUGCACUACACUACAUCCUGCGGGUAGAAGUGGGCAAGUUCUCGGUCCUGGAAGGGCAGCGCCUGGCGGCCCUGAAAAAGUUUGUGGCAGUGUUGGCCAAGUACUUUCCUGGCCAGCCCUUGGUCCAGAACUUCCUGCACUCCACAAAUGACUGGCUUAAGAGGCAGCAGAGAAAGAAAAUUCCUUACAGUUUCUUUAAAACUGCCCUGGACAGCAGGAAGGAGGAUGCUGUUCUUACCAAGAAGGUGAACUGGGUUGGCUGCCAGGGGAGUGAGCCCCAUUUCCGGGGCUUUCCCUGCUCCCUGUGGCUCCUCUUCCACUCCCUGACUGUUCAGGCAAGUCAGCAAAAUGCAGAUGGCUCACAGGAGCCAGCCAGUGGCCAGGAGGUCCUCCAGGCCAUCCGGAACUAUGUCCGCUUCUUCUUUGGCUGCCGUGACUGUGCUGACCAUUUCGAACAGAUGGCUGCUGGCUCCAUGCACCGGGUGAGAAGUCCAAAUGAUGCGGUUCUCUGGCUCUGGACGAGCCACAACAGGGUUAAUGCUCGCCUUGCAGGUGCUCCCAGUGAGGAUCCACAGUUCCCCAAGGUGCAGUGGCCACCCCGUGACCUUUGCUCUGCCUGCCACAAUGAGCUCAGUGGGGAGCCUGUAUGGGAUGUGGGCACCACUCUCCACUUCCUCAAGGCCCAUUUCUCCCGAAGAAACAUCGUCCUGCACUCCCCUCCAGCCGGACCAGCCUCCCGGAGGAGCAGCAUGCACAGUUUGGCAGCUACCCCAAACCUGGGGGUCGGAGCUCUGGGACUGGUGACCAGAAACUCAAUACUGGCCCCUGAGCGGGCCAGUAUCACUGAGUCCCCUGGAAGCACCGCUGAGCCAGAUAUUCCAGCAGAGAGACCUGAGCUUUUUGAAGCCCUGUCCCAUUCUCGAUGAAGCCUCAAUCUCUCCUGCUUGGCCUUAGCCCUAAAUUGGGGCAAGUGAGCCCAGUUGCCAAGGCAUCUCAUCCAUCCACUCCUCUUCCUUCUGGACAAGAAGAAGGCUUUGCACCUGAAAAGAAAGGGCUACCUCUGGCCAUUUCUGGCUCGCCCAUCCUCCAGCUCCUCAGACCUUUGUGGGGUUUGGCUUGGGGUAAGGGUGGGUUUUUGGAAGUCAGGUGAGCUCCUGAACCAGGGCUUCUGCUACAAGAAAAAUAUAGGUUGGGGUGGAUGUGGACUUGCCCAGCAAGGGUGGGUGGCAGCUGCUGGCUGUGGGAUGCAUGGCUUGCUUGCCGGAUGCUGAUGUGGUGGUGGGUAUGGGGAAGGAUGCUGGGAUCCACAGGGCCUUGGCUCUGGGCUUAGCCAUUCGAGGUCGUAGAGAAAACAGGAAGGAUACGCUUUGGCUUCUCAUUAAGCUGUACCCCUCUCUGAGUCUUUUGUCCUUUAUUUUAGUUGCCAAAAUCAGCACUAACCUUUGGUUGUGGAGGGUGCUGGGUUGGGGACAAUGUCCUCUCGGUUCCAUCUUCUAGUGGGUAGGACCAGAAGGGAGGACAGUGCUAUACAUGUACUUGCUUUUCACUGUACCCCACCACUUGGAAGAGAAGUAGAAUAAAUUAUUUUUAUUAAGGCA